CAGUACAGGAGUUCAUAACCGGUCCUAAACGCUUAGCACCACUGAGAAUUCCAAAAUAUUUUAACAAAGUUACUUUUUCUAAGAAAAGGGUAGGGUGUAGUAAUCUCGACUUUUUUUUCUUAAAUCCUCCUCUUCACCAGCUAAUGAAUAUUAAGUAGGAUUUAGGAGACAUAAGACCUGCCUCCUGCACCAACGCGGCCACAUCCAGCAUCCACCCGCGCAACAUCUCACAGCGCUUUCAUCAGACUUUUUGGUCGGCGACUGGGAUCGGAUUGGUUUGGACUGCGGCUGUUCUGAGUUUUGAAUAGAAAAAAAAAAUGGCUUUGAGAGGACCUCUAUUCCGUCUUCUCAGAACUCAACUCGGCCACACAUGCCAACAAAGCAGAGCUCAGUCUGUGGCUGUACUCGGAGCUCCUUUUUCAAAAGGACAGAAAAGAAGAGGCGUGGAGCACGGCCCUAAAGCCAUCAGAGAUGCGGGGCUCAUCGACAGGCUCUCCGCUUUAGACUACUCUGUCCACGACUUUGGCGACCUCAACUUCCACCACCUUGAGAAGGACGAACCCUACAUGGAUGUAAAGUUCCCUCGCACUGUGGGUGGAGCCAAUAAGAUGCUGUCUGGCGCAGUGAGCAGAGCCGUCGGUGCUGGGCACACCCUUGUCAUGCUGGGAGGGGAUCACAGCCUUGCUAUUGGAUCAGUGGGAGGCCACGCCCAGCAGUGUCCUGACCUUUGUCUCAUCUGGGUUGAUGCUCAUGCAGACAUUAACACGCCAAUGACUUCUCCAUCAGGGAACCUCCACGGCCAGCCUGUGGCAUUCAUGCUCAAAGAGCUGCAAGACAAGAUGCCAGCUAUCCCAGGGUUUACCUGGACGAAGCCAUUCCUCUCCUCGAGGGACCUGGUGUACAUCGGACUGCGGGACGUUGACCCCGGAGAGCACCACAUCCUGAAGAACCUGGGUAUCCAGUACUUCACCAUGAGGGAUAUCGACAGACUAGGCAUCCAAAGGGUUAUGGAAGUUACUCUUGACCAUCUUCUGUCAAGAAAACAGCGGCCAAUCCACCUGAGCUUCGACAUCGAUGCGUUUGACCCGUCUUUGGCUCCAGCCACGGGAACACCAGUGAACGGAGGUUUGACCUACAGGGAGGGAAUCUACAUCACAGAGGAAAUCCAUAACACAGGUCUGCUGUCAGCCAUGGACCUGGUAGAAGUAAACCCAGUGCUGGGAGCCAACCGCGAAGCCGUGGAGGCCACCGCCUCUUUAGCGGUCGACGUCAUCGCAUCGUCUCUGGGACAGACGAGAGAAGGGGCUCACGCUGCCAUCGACGAGAUUCCCUCUGUGAAGGACGACACAGAGCAGCUUUGCCUCUGAGAGCAUGAAGCAAAGCUUUGGACUAUAUCAACCUCAUCCCUGAGCAUUCCGCAAUUCUGAAUACAAGACUAAAGACUGAAUCUAAUAGUCGCUAAAGGUUUUGUUCUCUUGUUACGUUUCAUGAAGAAAACUAAAUGUCUGAAUCAUUCAUUUUAACCAGAAAAGGGGCUUUACAGAUUUGAGGAGAGAAGUUGUCAUUAUUAAUGCGGAGACAAAAACCCUUCGUUAAAAUCAACUGCUACCCUUAUUCAUUUAAUUUAAACAGUAAUACUAACUUAUUUUGCUCCUGUAUAACACGUGAAGUAUUAGAGGACACAGCUGCCAUAUUUAUUAUGCAUUUGGUUUUUGAAGAGAAUGAACCUGCUUUAGAGGUAUGAUAAACCAAGUUUGACUCCGUUUGAAUUCCACAGUAUAACGUGGGCUCUGACAACUGUUUUGUGGCUGCGCCAGUUACUAAAAAAUAGAAAGGAUGUUUGCACUUUUGGACCAGCUGUGGUUACUGUAUUUUCUUUAGAGAUUACUUUUGUAUUUUCACUAUGAACCUACAAGUACAUGUACUAGAAUUACUGUGUAUACAUAUUUAUUGACUUCAUAACUAUUAAUUGGCUUGAAAACUGUUAAUAUCCGGCUUUGAUUGAAAUGCUGGCAAAAAAAAGACAAGAAAUUGCAUACAGUAAUUAAGCUUGAACUGAUCUAAUCUUUGACUUGAUGUGGUCACUAACCGACUAUUGUCCUUGUAACAAAGAGUUUAUAUUUUGGUCUUCCAUAAAUGUGAUUACAUUUUU